AUUUUCUUUUUGUACAGUUUCCUUCCAUUGGUAGUGUGUUCAUUUCUACAAUCUAUAAAUUAUCUUUUUUCUCCAAUAUUUUCAUAUUAGGCUAGCAUUCUACAUGCCCUGUAUUACAUAUAUAUAGUUAGACUUGAUGAUAGAGAAGGUUAUCAGAAGAAAAAAGCAAGAAGAUUCGUUUUAAUUUGGAAGAUGAAACUGUUAUUUGUUGCCCUAGGAAUGUGUGUUUUUGCUUAUUCAGCUUGUGUGUGGGGUAGAAUGGAGCUUCAUGCAGGUCCAAGAUUCAAUGUUAUUGACUAUGGUGCCAUGGGAAAUGGUGAAACUGAUGAUUCCCAAGCUUUUAUGAAAGCAUGGAAAGACGCAUGCAAUGCAAGUAAUGGCACUCCAACACUUCUCAUACCCAAAGAGAAAAGUUUCAUGCUGCAGCCUCUAUUCUUCAGUGGUCCCUGCAAGCCUUCAAUCCUUCACAUUAAGCUUAAGGGAACCAUUAUUGCUCCAAAGAACAUUAAGGAUUGGAAAUUGGGAAAAGGUACUAGGAAGGCAUGGAUCCGUUUCAAGCGUAUAAAUGGUCUUGUUAUUCGUGGAGGAGGACAAAUUGAUGGCCAAGGUGCUCCAUGGUGGAAUGCCUAUUUCAAUUCUGAAAUUAACAGACCAACUGCUCUACAUUUCAGUGAAUGCAAUAAUCUAUUCCUCAGUGGAUUGACUCACAUCAAUAGUCCCAAAAAUCAUAUAAGCAUAAACAGAUGCAAUGGAUCCUUCAUCUCCAAACUUCAUUUUAUUGCACCGGAUGAAAGUCCCAACACUGAUGGGAUUGAUAUCUCCUAUUCAUCCAACAUUCUCAUCAAGAAUUCUAAGAUGGAAACUGGGGAUGAUUGCAUUGCCAUUAACCAUGGAUCAACCUUCAUCAGCGUAAUUGGUGUUUAUUGUGGACCUGGCCAUGGCAUCAGUAUUGGGAGCUUAGGAAAAAAUGGAGCUCAUCAUACAGUAGAAGAGAUAUAUGUACGAAAUUGCACCUUCAAUAGAACCACAAAUGGAGCUAGAAUCAAGACAUGGAUAGGAGGUAAAGGAUAUGCAAGAAAGAUCACAUUUAAGGAUAUCAUACUUGUGGAAGCUAAAAAUCCUAUAAUUAUUGAUCAACAAUACAACCCAUAUGAUAGUGCAGAAGCAGUGAGGGUGAGUGAUGUUAGUUAUGACAAUGUGAGGGGAACCUCAAGUUCUCCACAUGCAAUCAAACUUCAUUGUGACAAAAACUUAGGUUGCACCAACAUUGUGUUGAAGGGGAUUAACAUAACUACCAUUGCUGGAAAGAAAACUUAUGCAUCAUGCAAGAAUAUAAAAGGGGUGUGCUCUUUCUGUAAUCCCCAUGUGCCAUGUCUUUCUCACUCCUGAAUCAUCAAAUGUAUGUGAUGAGUUGUUUCCUUUUAUGUUUCAAUGUUUUAUUUUUCUUUCUGUUCUCUACUGAAACGUUGAUGGAAUAAAUGAUAGUAUAAUGCUACAAAUUUUACCAUU